AUGCGCACACGUGCAAGCCUACUCGAGCACAAAUACAUGCUCUACGCAAACCGGCAUGUAUGUACUGCACACGAUAACAUAGUCCGCUCUUCGUUGAGUCGAGUCACUUGUAGCAUCUGCAAGAAGACUGUCUGCAACAAGUACUUUCUGCGCACUCAUCUGUUGAAGCGUCACCAUAUCGCGCCCUCUUCUCCACUCAACGGAUCCCACUGGCGCACUGACGCCUCGUUUGCUGGGUCUACGAGCGCCCAGCGCCGCAGCUCCGGCGGACAGUCUGUCUUGCGCGGUGCCAACUGGGAGGCACUCAAUCUUCUACCGUCUAGGCAUCCUCCCUCCUCUUCGGUCGCACAUUAUGUACCCACCGCUCCUCCUCUUCCUCCUCCUCCUCCUCUUCCUCUUCCUCUUCCUCUUCCUCUUCCUCUUCCUCUUCCUCUUCCUCUUCUUCCAGACUCUUCGCCUCUAGCCACUCUUGCCACAUUUCCCCUCGACCUGCACAAGCCCAGCGUGCCAUUCGAGACGGCGCCAACGAGGCCGCCGGAACAACCUUUCCUGUCGCCGCAAGCAUUGUUGACCCAUCUCGCCCAGCCAACCGCGUCGAUCUUUCUGCCCUCCACCAGACCCUCGUCCCCGGUGACAACAGCGCAAUUGCCAGCUCCAAUCUCCUCCUUCUCGGCUUGGUCGUCAGCCUCAGCCUCCCUUCAAAUGUCGCACAUGUUGUCAGGGCCCCUUAGUCGUCUGGGCAUCUCACAGACACCCGAUAACCGCUUACAGGCGCAGUACACGAAUUUCAAGUGUGCCCCGUUCACGGCGAUGUGUCAGGGAUUGCACGAGGUCUUCCUAUCCCCCAGUCUACCAGUCUGGCCGGUACCAAAUCAGGCGGCUGAAGCCGCUUCGGUCGCCAGUCCCUCUUCUCCGAAUGGACGUCUGUGCGACAGUGGCUCCGACGUGUGGGCUCGGAUGGAGUCGGCAUGGCCUAGCACCUCGGCAACCGUUUGCCAGGAUCAAACUGGUCUCCAACGCGAUUGCACAGGAGAAGAUAAUGCCGGGAAAGAUUCUCCUCAGAUGGUCGGAAGGGACUGGGCGGUUCAGUCGGCUCCGGUCAAUUUAAAGCUUCAUCUGCCUCCAGCGCCGAGCAGAAUCAAUCGCUGGAGAAAAAAAAGCGUAAGUUAA